CAACAGACGGAGAAGUGUUUCAGGAGCGGAGGAGUGGUGGCAGGGGGACAGAGAGCCAGAAGGGGAACAGGCCCCCUUCCUGGGGAGCUGGCCGGACUGAGCUGGCUGGAAAGAGAGGGCGGAGAGCACGGAGUCAGAAGAGCGGCCACUGGCGCAGUUGCAGCCACUGCAGUGUCUGGGCUGAGCCUGAGGGAGGCGGGGAAGGACGCGCAGGGGCGGCCGCCACUGCUGCCAGGCCACUGGGAAGCAGUCAGUUCUCUGCACCCACCACCUAACAGCCCUUCGCGUCCGCCCCGGGGGCGGCGAGCUAGGCGGCAGCGCGGCGCGGGCUCGGUGGAGCGGCCCAUGUCCGGCGCGGGCGAAGCCCUGGCUCCCGGGCCCCAGCGCGGGGCCGAGGCGGGCGGCGGCCGGCUGGGCGCCCCAGCCCAGGAAAAAUGUGAUAAAGAAAAUACUGAGAGAAAUAUAACUCAAGCUGCCGAUAGCUGCUUCGCACAUGGAAUGAUGCAAGACCAGUCCAUUUGGGGAAAUUGUUCAGAUGACGAACUCAUCCGAACCCAACCUCAGCGCCUGCCUCAGCUUCAAGCGUCCCUACAGGAGCCAAGUGAGGAGGAAGGCGGCAAGAUAAAGAACGGCCCCACUAGUCUCAGCAACGGAAAUGGAAUUCACCACCACGGGGCCAAAAACGUAUCUGCGGAUAAUCGAAGACUUUCAGCACCUGUUUCUAACAAAAUGCAUAGAAAAAUUCAGUCCAGCUUGUCCGUCAACAGUGAUAUCAGUAAGAAGAGUAAAGUUAAUGCUGUCUUUUCCCAAAAGACAGGCUCUUCACCUGAAGAUUGCUGUGUCCACUGUAUCCUGGCCUGCUUGUUCUGUGAAUUCCUGACCCUCUGCAAUAUUGUCCUGGGCCAAGCUUCGUGUGGCAUCUGCACCUCAGAAGCCUGCUGCUGUUGCUGUGGAGAUGAAAUGGGAGAUGACUGUAACUGCCCUUGUGACAUGGAUUGUGGCAUCAUGGAUGCCUGUUGUGAAUCAUCAGACUGUUUGGAAAUCUGUAUGGAAUGCUGUGGAAUUUGUUUUCCUUCAUAGAUAUUUAUCUUCUGUUGUGUUAAAACUGGAGAGUUUUAAGAUUUUUCUUUUAAGGGGGCAGAAAAGCCCAUGGUAAGAUUCUCAUGAAGCAAGCCAGUAUUUGCACUGUUAACUCAUUAAGUAAUCUCUGAAAGCCUUCUCUAACCAAAUCUACGUGGUUUAAUAUGUGAAAUUUUAACUACUUGUAAACUUCAUAGGUUACAAUGACUGAGGGACAUUUUGACCAAAAAAAAAAAUAAAUAAAAAAAUAAAGCUAAAUGUCUCCUCCUUUUAUACACAUUUCUAUUUCUUUUAACAAUUCCUAGGAGCCUCUUGCUCCAAAUGUAUUAUUUCUCUGUGGGUAUUUAAACCAGACAGUUUAUUUUUGAUGUUUAUCUCUCCAUGGUUCAAAGUAAGCGUUUCUUUCCUUUCAAGUGAACUUUGGGAAACAAACCCACACCGUAGUUGGGCACCCCGUGCUAAUCUCCGUGCUCUGUUCUCACUUUCUCCACUUGUUCAACAGACAUUGAGCUCCUCCUGUGUAUAAUCGCCUGCUCAGAUGCAGAGACGGAUGCCAUUCAACUCUCAUCUAGAGGAGUGUACAGUUUAACAGAGCAAAGAGACCUGUACAGUAUGAACCAUUCCUCAAGGCAUGCUGAAGUGAGGAUUAUGCAAGAGAAAGACUGAAAAGGCCCUAGGAAUACACAGAGAACAGCUCUUGUCUACUGGAAUAUGCACAAGGCCUCAAGGAAAAGAUGGUAUUUCAAGAGGCCUUUUAGGAUGAGUGAUCCAUCUAUGGCUGGAAUGAAUUAGAUUUAGGACCAAGUUUUAGGUGGGGAGCCUGAACUGUGUCUGUCCUGAAGCAGUUGAAAGAAAAAUGCCUUAAGUAUGUAUUUUCUUUAGUUGCAGGAAUACAGCUUUUUUUUUAAGACUAUCAAAUUCAACUAAAAUUACACAAUAACUUUUUACACAUAAUUUAACUGUGAUAAAGUUUUUGGUAAGAACAUAAUGAUUUAUUAAAAUAGCUCUAUUUUAUGAAGAACGUGGAAUGCUUUUGACAAAUUGCAUUUAAAUUAGGUGAUUUUUUUAAUACUAAAAUCCCAGUAUUCUGAUUUUGACUUAUUCAGAAAUGUUUGUUUUCUUUUUUUUAAUUUUUUAAGAGCUUUAAGUCUCUUUAUAGGGAAGGAAGGUUGUUUGUUUUGCUUCAUAACCAAUGUUAUAUUUUAUAAACACAGCUCAUCUUAAAUGUAAACCAUUCCUUCCAAAGCAGUGGGAAACUUGACGUCCACUACUGUGACCAAAUUUCACUAUUGCAAUUUUAUGUUAAAUUAAACCAACAGGACAGGUUAUGAAGAUGCUGCAAGAGUAACGAAAUAAGUCAGUUAUGAGACUAAGUACAUAGUAAGACGUAGAAACUUCAUGUAGCCCAGAUGAAAGGGGGAGUACAUUUCCAUACCAUGUACUUUCCUACUAAAUCUGAUCUCCCCAAAAUUGUAGUUUGGUUUGAGUUAAUGUAAUUCCUCGUAGAAAUUCUGAAAGCGCACUUUUGGAUUAAUAGUUAUUUUCAGUUCUUCUAGUUGAAAUUCAAACUCAUGAUAAAAACAAAUGCAUUUUUUUAGGAAGACUUUAACAAACCUACCCUUUUCAGAAAGGUUUUAUUUUUUUUUAAUUGUUUUAACGUUUAUUUAUUUUUGAGACAGAGAGAGACAGAGCAUGAACAGGGGAGGGGCAGAGAGAGAGGGAGACACAGAAUCUGAAAUGGGCACCAGGCUCUGAGCUGUCAGCACAGAGCCCGACGCGGGGCUCAAACUCACAGACCGUGAGAUCAUGACCUGAGCCGAAGUCAGAUGCUUAACCGACUGAGCCACUCAGGUGCCCCGAGAAAGGUUUUAAACCUCAAGCAUAGGAAUGUCACCUACAGUUUUUCCUUUGAGAUAAAACCUAGUUCUACUUCUAUCAUUACUGAAAGGACUUAAAAAGUCGGCAAACUCUUGAAUCCCCUUUUCAGUGCUAUGUGCGUGUAUACACACACACACAACCUUUAAAUUGUCAGGUUUAAAUAGAAUUCUAGGAAACAGCUGUCUUUCUCUUGUCUCAAGAGUGUCUUUCAUUUGUUACAUUAAAUAUAAGAACAUCUUUGUACUAUUUCAUAGUAACCAGAAUCUGAAUAUUUACAUAUACCCAAUGUUAACUUAUGCAUAUAUAUUAGGAUAUAAGAAUAUCAUCUGUGUAUUGAUAUGUAAAGCCUUCUAAUGACCUAGAAUUGUUAAAAUGUCACUUUUCAUCAUGCAAAAUUUUUCAACCAAGUGGUUUAUCUAAUAUUUAAGUAUAUUCUGCCCCUAUUUGCAAUGAAAAUAUUAGCACUUUUAAAGUAAUGUUUUUCCUUAACAGAGAACAUUAAUUGAUAGCAGAAUUUUAUUUUCCUAUUUAUGUUCACAGGACUUUUCCUCUAUUGUCUACUCCAGUCAUGCCAUAAAGUGUCUUGUAUGAUUUUUAAAAAUGAAAAAAAAAAACAAAAGUAGGAAAAUGUGAAAAUAGUUUUCAAUAUAUGUUAGAAUUUCUGUAUGUAAAAUGUUUUGUUGAA